UUUAAAAUUAGCAUAUGAUUUUCGUGACGUUUUAAUAGCACAUGGCAAAUCUCACUGAAAAUAUUAAAAAUGCCCUAUAUGAAGGCCGCACAGAUAUAAUCCUAUCCUUAUUAAAAUUUCAGAAUGGCAAUAAUACCGAUAAAAAAUUAAUGGAUAAUCGAGUUGAUCAUGAUGGUACAAUGCUUCAUAUUGCUUCAAAGCUUGAAAAUCAAGAUUUAACCAGAGCUCUUCUAUUAAGAGGUGCUGAUGUUACUAUUAAAAAUGAAUUAGGACUAAUGCCUAUAAAUAUAUCAUCUUCUAAAAUUAAGAAGAUUUAUAGUGAAGAAUUCUUUAGAAGGAUAUCCCAGAAUGACCUCAAUGGAGUUAAAAAUAUAAUUCUUGGAGGGAUAGACAUUAAUAUAACUAUUCCAUCUUUAGACAAUAGUAAUUGCAUGCACUGGGCUGCCAUUUUUAGUUCUCCUGAAGUGAUCAAUUAUUUAAAAGACAAAGGUGCCAAUAUCAAUUUAUUAAACAAAGCUGGUCUUACACCCUUGCACCAAUCCUUAUUAGCUGAAAAAUUGGAAAAUUUUAAGAUGCUAAUCAAAUUAGGAGCCAAUCCAAGCAUUUGCCCAAAUGGCUCAAGCAAAUACGCCAACCAAUCAUUGCGCGAGAUAGCGUCAACUUUAAAUGAGGAUAAGAGGGCCUUAUUUUUGGAUUAUAUAGCCACUCUGGAUAUUUCUCAUUGCCCCUUGGAGCAUUCUGAUUCUGACCAUAAUUCCGCGCCAAAAAACGAUGGAGAUAUGAGUUCCAACAACGUAAUCAAUUAUCCGCAAGGUCAAUCUAGCCAUUCCGAGGCGACGGAUCAAAGCUUGACUCACGCCCAAAUGGAGGAGCAUUCGUUCCUGAAAGUGCUUUGGCCAAAACCUAGGAAGGUUUACAUGAGCGACAUUUCCGAGCACGCUUUUUCUCUACCUCCCAGCGUCAAUAUUUGCUUGAUAUCCAAAAUACCUAACGUCACUCCCAUAAAGCUUUGGGAAGUUUGGGAAAUUUUUAGGGAAAGUUUUCUAUCACUGGGUUCGGUCCUCAUAAUGCAACCGCCUUCCGUGAGACGCGAAAGCAAUAUAGUUUGCCUCUUAGACGACAAAACGUUCUCCAAGGAUCAAGGCUACAAGCUGGUCGUGGCCAACAAACAAAUAAAAUUGAUAGCGAAAGAUGUCCCGGGAAUGUAUUACGGUAUUUCGUCACUCAGGGAAAUUUUAAGAGCCUCGCCCGAUUUCAUUCUACCCAAGUUUUCUAUAAUAGAUUGGCCUGUCUAUCUUAACAGAGGGAUUUUGCUAGAUAUAUCGACCGGGAGAAUUCCGAAAAUCGGUUAUUUGACGCGAAUGAUUGACUUCUUAGCGGGACUCAAGAUGAAUAAAAUUUACCUCAAUCACCGAUUCGACGUAAGUUCGUCUUCCUGUGACAAUGCGUUGUCUCAAUGGCAGGUGCCUUAUUCUGCCAUGGAUAUCCUAUUCCUCGAAAGGUAUUGUCAGGAAUGUUGCAUUCAAUUAGUUCCGGCCAUAGAUAUUACCGCUAUGACCCCCGAUAAAGAUGCGGAGACGAACGAGUCUAAUUAUAAAUGCGGGAAUUUUCGACUGGAGCCGGUCAGGCAGUUUUUGGAUAGCUUUACCAAUUGCAAAGAAAUAUACGUGGGCCAAAACUUUGCCAAGGCACUUUUAGAUCAAGAUUCUUCCGCCACCAAUGGGAGCACUCCCCUCGCUUCCCUCCUAGCCACUUUGCUCGGGAUCAAUAAUAACCAAUCGAUAAUUAUCGAUUCAGAAAAUAUCGAUUCCGCUAAGCGGGGGGAGAGUAAAUUCUUCGACGUAGCAUUAGCUGAAAAAACGCUGGAUAGUUUGGGACCCGACAUUGCCGUAGGAGUCCGAUGCGGAUACGAUCAUUCGAGCAAGAGAGUCGAAGCCCUGUCUGAAUUCUUGAAACAAAAUGGCGUGACUCACACACUUUGCAUAGAUAGCGUUUGGGGUCGUUCCCUGGCGGGCAACUGUAAAUCGGAUUUUCCUGUCCAAAUCCUAAAAUCCCAUUAUAACGAACAACGUAAGAAAUCAUCUUUAACCGAAAAUCCGCAUAGUAAUGACACGAAUUAUCACGAAAAUGGGUCCGCUAACACUAACGAAGAUUCGCCGCAGAAUAUUACUCACAUCAUACCUGAUUCAUGUUCGAUCAACGAGAACGGCGAAAUUUUAGGAGCCAUACAUUGCUUGUGGACAAACAUGCCCAAUUUUGUGGAUCAUUUAUUCAGUUGGCCAACUAUUCUAGCACUUUCCACUUAUCUUUGGAACGGAACCAUUGUCCAACACGAAUAUUACUCCAAGACCCUUCCUUACAUCCUGAGCUGGCACGUUUUCCCCGAGGAUGUCGAAUGCGUCCUGAGUAACACUUUAUUGGAACUCCUGGCCAUAGAGAACGACAUGAACCAAAAGUCCCUCUUGCUUAAUUACGACCCCAACGCCAGAAAUUGUCAUUCCAAUCACGGGGGUGUUGGUAAUGAUAGUAAUAAAAACAUGAUUAAGAAGAGCGAUUCGUUCUUUUACCGGAUAUUGACGGCGCCCGACGAUAUUGAUUUGCAGAAUUUCACCGUAGAAUAUUUUGGGAAAAUCGUCAAAAUACUGCGCAAAAUAUUCAGCAACCUCAUCUCGUGGCGGAACAAGAUAGAAGGAGCUCCUCCGUCCCCGAAACCUAACGCCGGGCUCGACGGCCACCCCGAUAGAUCCUCUUCGUCUCAUAAAGUGGACAACCUCAUAAGCAAUUACAUUUGCGACCUAGAAGUCAUGACCCUGGCUUGCCGCUUGGCCAAAUGCCUUAUGAUAGCCGGAGCCAACCCCGAUCCUAAUCAGAAUAAUUCGGCUAAUGGUAGCAAUACCACCACCCAUUUCAUAAACCCGGGAUUGGCCAACAUUAACUCGAUCCAUAAAACCGAUUUGGCAAACAAGUUAUUGGACAUUAUUGGACUUUUUAAGAAAAACUGGCUUGAACAUAAUCUGGAAGACAAUUUGACGCAAAAUGUCGCUUUCUUGGAAACGCUUUUCAACAAAUUGGUUCCGCCAGGCACUCACGAGGAAUGAUUAAAUUUACAUUUUAAUGGCUAUUGCGACAUCUUUUUUUUUUAAAAUUAUUAUACCUUGUAAAUAUAUUGAUUUUAAAAGCUAUCGUUUAUAUUUCUUCGCACUUUAAAACUAUUUAUUAUACAUAAACGAAUAUACGCCAUUUUCGAUUGUUAUUUUGAAUAUUCAUAAAAAAUAGGGGAAAGGUGGGCAAAGAUAUGAGAAAUCCAUUACGGGAAUAUAUAUUUUUUUUAUAUAUUUACAAUCUUCUUUAAAAAAUAACUCUUUCACAUAUCGAUUUUAUAAAUUCUUAUUAAUAAUUUUAAAAAAAAAAUGGUUGCAGUCGAGUGGAGGAAACUAAAUAGCUUUAUAUUCAUAAAUUUAAUUUUUUUUUUGAUGCUCAUUAAAGGGUCAAUUAAUUUUCUUUUUUUAAAAUAAUAUUUAAAUUAUAAAUUAAUAUGACACAAACACCUUUUUUUCUAUUUUACA